AUGAAGAUAAUUUGCGUAGGUAUAGGAAAAACUGGUACUACAUCCAUCUCCAAAGCUCUGCGUCAUCUUGGAUACACUGUUUUUGACUGGGAAGAAAAAGUAUUUGAUUUCCAAGACCACUGGGUUGAUGUUUUCCAAAAUGGCGCCCAGUUAGAUGUGAAGAGAGUCUACCAACAUGCUGACGCGGUCGUGGACGCUCCCGGAAAUUUUUUCUGGGAGGAAAUACUGGAAGCUUAUCCUGAUAGUAAAGUAAUUUUGAGCGAAAGAGAAGAAGAUUCUUGGCUGAAGAGUCUGGUCAAUCAACUUCAAGUCUUCGAGGCAGUGAUAUCUCGCAGGUUUUUGGCUGUUCUUUCCCCAACUUCAAGAAAACAGAUCUUUAUUCUUUAUUCUCACUUGACCGCUAUUCUUGGCUCUGCAGACCCCAAGUCGGCUUGUGUCUUGCGUAAGCGAUAUCGCAUGCACAAUCAUCGCGUUAAGUCACUUGUUCCACCAGAGAAGCUGUUGGUGUACAACGUGAAGCAAGGUUGGAAACCGCUGUGUGAUUUCUUGGGCUGCGAGGUUCCAACAGUUGCCUUCCCACAUGAAAAUGUUAAGGGCGAAAUUGCUGAAGUUCCUUUGUCUGAGACAAGGUCUGGUCGGCAGGUAAUAUUGGAGAUACAGAGAGCUCUGAUUGUAAUCCUUUCCGUUAUCGUAUUUAUUGUAGGUUCAUUUUUUGUCUUUUUCUAUGAUUAACUGUGACUAUAAUUGCAACCUUGCAUUGGCCAAGAUAACGUUUUAAUAAAAUGCAUGCACUUCUGGCAUCGUAAGAAAGCUAAAGGAUCAGUAGUAUGUGAGGAAGUCCACUAGCGUAACAAAAAUAUUCAAAAAUAAAGUAUAGGUUGUAUAAUUGAAUACAUAUAUCCGUGCUGUACCGUGUUAAUGAGUUGAAAAUUGCUUGUGUAUAGCUUACGGUGAGGUAAAUGCAGAUUUAUAUUAGAAACUUCACCAUAUAUAAUUAAUAUACAGGGGCGUAGCUAGGGAGGGUCCUGGGGUGCCCGUGACCCCCCCUUGGUAGGCCUUCUUUUCAGCAAGCAACCUACAAUAUUCAGGUGGCGAAAACGCCAUGACAAUAUCUUGGCCGUAAAAGCCAUUGUUGAAAAGCCCACUUUUUAUGUAAAGUAUUUUCGUCAACGGCUCUUGUCUUUAGUUAAUAUGGGCCUUCAUACCGCGAUAAUACGACUGAGCCCGCUGUUACACGAGGGAGAGCAGCGACGCACGGCGUUGAGGUCGACAUGACAAUCUGGUGAGAAGCCUCUGUGACCCCCCCUUUGGAAAAUCCUGACUACGCCCCUGAUAUAUUUUUCACUUGUAUGUCAUAUAUGUCAUAGCCUGAAAUAUUCAGAACAUAACUCUGUCGAUUUGUUCGCUUUUCCCGAGAAAAUUUUCGCGGGGUGCUAGUGCAGUACAGCUUCAAUAUCAUGUUGACGUCAUUAUUAGAGAGAAUUAGAAUCGAGUUCAAGGCAAACAGCAAACGUCAAAUUGUACCACUUGACCAAGUUUUUUCUUUACUUGUCGUUUACUGUUAAACUACUAUCACUCUACGCCUGAAGAACAACUGGGAAAUGAGGGUCCUACUGACCUAAUUUCUCCUAAAUGCCAUUCUGAAUUCUUUGACUUUGCUAUGGUUAGGUAAGACACUAUUAAAGAAUAUACUGAAAAAUCAGCGCUCAAACCGUGCAAUCUUGAUCCUUAAUAGGGAGCUUAAGCAACAACGUUUUUGAGCGACGGACGUCAACCGGAAGUGGACUUUUUGCAUCAUUGGGCAGUGGUUCUGUUGCAACUCUUGGAUAAAUCGUCUUUAUAAGAGAAAAGAAACUUAGCAAUACAAAUUUGUUAGCGUCAAGGCAUAUGAGAACGGAGAAGGCCUCACUUCCGGUCGACGUGCGUCGCUCAAAAACGUCUUUGCUUAAGUUCCCUAAUACCUGCCUCAGGGAUGAAGAACUGUUUAGAUAUACUCAUUGCCAGUAAUAACGAAAAUGUUUAUUUUAUCACUCUCUUCUGGAACCAUGCCCGAUGCAUUCAAAAUUGCUGAGCUCCUACCAGCCAUUAAGAAACCUGAUGCUGAUUUUACGAACUUGUCUUUUUAUAAUUUUCGUCCGAACUCGAAUUUGAAAAUGGUGUCCAAAGUCAUUGAAAAAGCGGCGACAGUACAGUUAAUAGCCUGUGUUUAUACCCACCACCUAAAUGAACGGUUCCAGUCAGGUUACAAACUCUGAUCUAUCACUCUGCUGAGACUGCUCUUGUAAGAGUGCAGAAUGACAUUCUUUGUGCCAUUGACAGUAACCAUACGUACCACCGCCGUAGCCAGUAUGAGGCGAACCGAGGCACUCGCCUCGGUAAAAUUUUACCAAAUACUGUCGAUUUUUAUUUUUUUUAUCAGACUAAUAAUAUCAGAAGAUUUCAUACGGCUGAUUUCGUACAACGGACCGUGUGUUCGCCUCGGUUGUAGUUUCUUCCUGGCUACGGCCCUGCGUACAUACAUACAUACAUACAUACACACAUACACACUUACAUUUUUUAUUGUGUUUUCAGGUAAAAGUACAAUUAUAACAUGUCCGCGGGUAGCUAAGCUAAUCUAGGCGGGUCAUGUUUACAGUGAUUCUUUUAUUAUUAGAUCUUUCUGCGGCUUUCGAUACUGUAGACCAUUCUGUUCUGUUAUCUAGAUUAUCAGACCGAUUUGGUAUCAAUGGUACGGUUCUCAAGGGUGGGUCUUGGGCCCCCUUCUUUAUGUAUUAUACACCGCACCUGUUGCUGACAUCAUUAAGUCUCAUAAUCUACAGUAUCAGUUCUAUGCUGACAACACACAAUUUCACGACACCUUUAAGACCAACUGUGAUGUUGAUGCUGGCCUGUCCAGGUCAAGGGUUGAACACUGUGUUGCAGAUAUCAGGGGCACCCAACGACAAUUUUCGGAAAAAUAUCUGUUCGGAAGACGAUUUGAGAUCUAGAAUUUUCGGAACAUUUGUUGUAAAAUUUCUUGCUUGCCUGCUUCUCCUAGGAUUUUCUAACAUCUAAAAAAUGGUAUAAUUGUCUAUUUUUGACGGAUUUUUACGCUAAAAAGGUAACCUAGAAUUUUCGGGAGCCUUUUUUCUGGCUGAAAUUUUCGAAAAGGGAAGUUUUCAUCCCUAUAAUUUUCUGAUCACUAGACUUUCAGCUAGGAAAUCCGACCAGAUGAAAAAUUUUUAGGGGAUAAAAAUAUAAGUAUAUUUACCGUUUAAAUACCAAAAUACGUUUAACAAUGCUAUGUUUAAGUGGUUUUGAACUAUAUUCUCGUUGGGUGCCCCUGUUUAAGACCAACUGUGAUGUUGAUGCUGGCCUGUCCAGGUCAAGGGUUGAACACUGUGUUGCAGAUAUCCGUAGAUGGAUGACUAAUAAUAAGCUAAAUAUUAACGAGAAUAACACGGAGUUAUAUACUCCAUGCAAGUAUCGAUCACGGCCAAUGGUCACUUCUAUUCACGUAGGAGUUGAAAACAUUAAACACCAGCCCUUUGUAAGAAAUUCGGGAGUGAUACUUGACCAGGAUAUAUAUCACCUAAAUAUCAGAUCAAUAGGCUGCAAUUAGUAUUGAACACUGCUGCGAGUGUGGUCACUCUUGCUUGCAAAUAUGACCAUAUAAUGACUCCUAUAAUAAAGUCCGGCUGCACUGGUUACCUGUAUCUCAACGAUUUACUUUUAAUAUUUUUCUAUUGAUUUAUAAAGCACUUUACGGCUUGGCGCCUAUUUAUCUAUCCGACGUUUUGGCCCCGCGCUGGUCUAAACGUUCACUUAGAUCUUGUUCUCAGGAGUUUUUAAGAGCUCAUGACUGUAAAUAUCGAAAAUCGCUGGCCAGGCUAAAAAAAUAGAAAAUUCUCAUAAUUUGUCAUAAUUUGUCCGGAAUCUAAAUCCGGAUUCCCCAAUCAAACGCGAAAUCCGAUAACGGAUUUUACCUCCGAGAAAUCCGUCCUCAGGGUGGAUUUCAAUUAAGAAAUCCAAAUCCGGAAUUUUUGGAUUACCCUUUUAACGUUCGAUUGGGAAAUCCGAAAAAAGAUUAGCAAAACUAUUGUCGUGAACAGCGGUCUCCUUUUUACUAAUUAUGCGUGCGCAUGCAAGACCGCUGUUCCUAAGUACAGUUUUUCAAAUCCUUUUUCGGAUUUCCCAAUUGAACGGUAAAAAGGAAAAUCCAAAAACAAAUAUUUCGGAGUUGAAAUCCGUUUUUGGAUUUCGCGUUCGAUUGGAAAUCCGAAAUCCGGAUUUUAAAAUCUAAAUCCAGAUUUCCCAAUCGAACGCACCCUGUAUGUGCUUGUGUGGUCGAUCUGUCACGCAAAUAUAUUUAAAGCUCGUUGUUGUUGUUGUCAGAGAUGCUGAAAUCUGAUUUUUUACUACGUAUUCUCGACAACAAACCGUCCCUUGGUUUAUUUCUUUACCUUUUCACAAAUAGAGGCAUGAUUAGAGAAGAAGUUCAUACGGUCCAGUGGUUUCUCCCCUACGAAACAUCUUUACCGCCCAAACCGUAGUGUGUAAAUCUAUACGCGGCCUGUGCGCGCAACCCACGAACCAAAGCAAGUUCCAACCGACGCCGCGAAAGAACUGGAAAAGGAGACUACAGUCCAACCUCCCGUAAGCGACCACCCAAAAUGCGAAGACAUAGUGGUCGAUUACGGGAGGUGGUCUCUUACGAGAAUCGAACCACAAGCCGGAGGUUUCUUCUGAGAAGAAAACCCGACUAGGAGCCGAGUAAUCGGCUCCUGACCCGACACUAUUUAAGGAAGAGAAUUUAUUGCAUGCGAUUUCCAAGUUACGAUAUGUGCAGUUCCAUUUUGUUGUUGUUCCUACCAUAAGAGAUCAGCAAACUCGUCAAGGGGUCGCGUACAAGAGGUUAAAACAUUGCAAAAUCAUUAAACCGUCAGUUCCAAUUAGUGGUUACAGUCGCUUACAGGAGAGAUCCCAACUGUCUGAGACUUAAACCGAGUACGUUUUGGUGUUUUGGAUAGGUGGUCGCUUAAGGGAGGUGAUCACACAUGGAGGCUCAACUUUACUCCAAUUUUUCCGUCAGAGUAACUCCGUUUCACGUCGGUGCGACUAGGAUUUCUCGAUGGGAGAUUAGACUCCUUCUUCACCACUUUUGAGCUACUCUAACCGACUCCCACCCAUACCAAGUGCUUGCAAAACGUAACAUCUUCUUGAAAAGAGAAGUAUCAGAAAGGUCAUCCUUGGCGCCCCUGACCUAUCGCAGUAAGCGGCAACGAACUUAAGUAUCGACGUAAGUACCGGGCAGUGGGGCGAUGCAGAACAGUUUACAACAGACCCGAGUUUUGUUUAAAGAAACACCUGCCUUUUCCUCAGAAGUAUUUAUGUCAGUACCCGCAAUGUCCCAGCUUGCGCCUUCACACCAGAACGUCCGAUCAAAUCACUGUUUAGUUGAUAGCGAGCAAGGGGCUAAAUAACAUAGCGAGAGGUACCAGUAAUUUAAGUAAGUGGCAUCGGCGUUUUUAUUUACGCCUAACCGUUUCCCAAAGUAAAGUAGGAAAGAACUUAAGAAAAAGGGAAAGAAGAUUUAUGCGAUAAAACUGCUCUUAAAUUGAUGUUUAGCUAUGGCCUAUGGGAUACCCUGGGUGCCAGAGGCUUUUCAUGCGCGGUUUCAGGUUUCGGUCAUGUCUUACAAAAUGACUCGCGCGAAAAGCUUCGCCGCUCGUGUCUUCGGCCUUUGGCCGACGAAACGAAGCUCCCUGUCGCACGCGAGAAAAACCUCUUGUACCCAGGGUACCUACGGGAGGGAGUGGGGGCUAUUUAAUCGCUGAAUAACGUGUGACGUUACCAAAAAAUAUGACGGAAAAAGCCAUUUUUUUUCCUUGGUUUGGAAUUUUGACCAUUAAAAUUUUAGCUCUAGCCAUUUCGUGAUACCAGGGAAAAAAAAUCCAAUAUUUAGAUAUUUCCCUCUUAGCAGCCGGCCCUCUAAUUAGUUACUCUGCCCUUAAAAUUUAAACGGCAUCUAAUAUCUCCGCUGGAACGAAACAUGAAAAGAACGGCUGGUUACAGAUUGUCGAUGUAGCUUGAGGCGGGGCUUCUGGGCUGCUUGUGACCCUUCUUAUCAAGAAGACCCCAAAUCAAGGUCCUAUGUGGCGAGGAUAUUUGCUGUUUUAGGUUAAUUCUGUGCUAAAGUCAUUACUUACUGUCUUUACCCAGUAAAAAAUUGUUCCUGCAGAGUUACAUGUGGGGCACGAAGAAGAUAUCAACAAACACAUUUUAUCAGGGAACGUCUCAGGGAGCACUAACCAAAAAUAUAUGUUUUUGUGGGUGAUGCAUUUGAAAAAGAUGGCCCAAUUUUUUUAAUUUUUAGUUCAUGCCCAUCCUUUCCAUGAGGAGCAACCACAGAUAACCCAAGCUCGAAAAACGAGCAUUUGCGAGCAUCGGCAUCAGGGACGUAGCCACCCCACAGCCAAUAGACCUGUAGGCCCGGGCCUAAAAAAAUUUUUGGUUUGACCACUCUCUACCGCUUUUAAUGAAUUAUGCGUUAUUGGGGUGAACUAGAAAGCUCAAGAGGUCAAAGUGUUUGGUCAGACUAGUCAUGCGUGCAGUUUUCAGGAUAUGUGAAAAUGAAAGUCAGCCAGGCCUACAAAUAGUCGAAAAGCUGGCUACGCCCCUGGGCAUUGUUGGGUAACAUUAGGAAUACAAGAAUUUGUAUGGGGAAAAAACCUAUCUUUUCUGUAACCUACAUAAAAUGUGUUAAUGAUAUAUGAAAUAAAUCAUGUAUGAACUGCGGAAAUGAAAUGAAAAUGAAGAAAUGAUCGUCGCAGUGAACGCAAUUUAUGCAAUUAUUUCGUAUAUCAUUAACACUCAUUUCUUUCACGGGAACAUAUGAACCCACAAUUGACCUGGCUUCAUAGCUCAGUUGGUAGAGCAUCACACCAGUAAUCGCGAGGUAACGGGUUCAAACCCCGUUCAAGUCCUGAAUUUUUUUUUUUUUCAGGCUUCUUUACGUAAUUGCAUAAAUUGCGUUCACUGCGACGAUCAUUUCUUCAUUUUCAUUUCAUUUCCGCAGUUCAUAUAUGAUUUAUUUCAUAUAUCAUUAACACUCAUUUCUUUCACGGGAACAUAUGAACCCACAAUUGACCUGCUCCCAACGUCAGUGGCUUCAUAGCUCAGUUGGUAGAGCAUCGCACCGGUAAUCGCGAGGUCACGGGUUCAAACCCCGUUGAAGUCCUGAAUUUUUUUCAGGCUUCUUUACGCAAUUGCAUAAAUUGCGUUCGCUGCGACGAUCAUUUCUUCAUUUUCACUACAUAAAAUGUGUUACAUAUCUGUGACGUCACGAUGGCCAAACACAUUGGACAGCCGCGCUCACGAGUUUAUGACUCCUUCCUGAUCUCAACUUUGUUGUCCAACAUGUGUGCAUUAUCAGCUGUGUUCCCAAACUAGCUAGGAAGUAUGAGAUUGAACAUUGAUCGCGAUCUAGUAAAACAAUUAACUGGUCAGCGGACACCUUCCAUUUAAAUCUCGUCACCUCUAUGAGUUGACACAUGAGCCCGCGAUGUGGUCAUGUGAUACUGGUCAGUGGCUAUCCUGUUUUGACAGCUGUCAAUAGGCUAUUUCCGAGUUCCAAAAAAUCUCACUUUCAAAACGAGGCUAAGUGCGAAACCCUUUGUUGUGAAAAUGAGUUGUAUUUGCAUCAUAAUUAAAACUCAUUUUCAUAACAAUGGCUUCGCACUUAGCCUCGCUUUGAAAGUGACAUUUUUUGGAACUCGGAAAUGGCCUAUUGACAUAUUGUGAAUGUCGAAUAUAAAAGAUGUGGAUUUGCCAAAACACGCCUGAGACACCCCUCCCUUCCUUUUUAUAGUGUCUCCUACCCCACCCGUACCAUUUGUAGACGCGUACAUACGUACGUACGUACGCUCGGUCAAUCACGUGACAACCAAACGAAAAGAGGUUGACCAUGAGUAUGGGGCUUGGAUUUUCUUCUCCAGUCGAUUAACGCAGUUUCUAUAGCUUUAAUAGAAGAAUUAAAAGAUACAUUGAAAAUAGAUACAAUUUAUGAUCCAGAGCAAUCAAUGGAGGUAAAA